UCACCAAGUAAUCCCAUCUUUCUUGUCCCAAACAACAAAAUUAAGUUAAGAAAACCCAGUAACCCAGAUUACCAGAAACCCUAGUGCCUCCUUCUACAGAAAAUCUUCACCGACUUCCCCCCAAAAAAUCUCAUCUUUAUUUUGUCCAUCAAUGGCCUCCGUCGCCACCGGCGGUCGAUUCAAAGAGCUCCUGAAGAAGUACGGCAAGGUCGCACUUGGCGUCCAUUUCUCAGUCUCAGCUGCCUCGAUCACGGGCCUCUAUGUCGCCAUCAAGAACAACGUCGACGUCGAAUCGUUGCUGGACAAGCUUCACAUGGGGAGCGUGUCCUCCAAAGACGAAAACCCAGAGAACCCACCUGUAAUCUCCGAUGGGUCGGAGUUUCGGGACGGACCCAUAUCGGAAAAUGGGCAAUCGACGGCUGUGGUUGUGGAGAAGGAGAGGAGUCGGACGGCUGAGCUCGCGGCUUCGACUGGUGGUGCUCUGGCAUUAGCUUUGCUCUGCAACAAGGCUCUGUUCCCGAUUCGGGUUCCUAUUACUCUGGCGCUUACUCCUCCCGUGGCUAGGUUUUUGGCCAGGAGAAGGCUCAUCAAGACCGGCGGUCUAUGAACAUCUUUGCCUGCAAUGGUAUGUAUGACUGGGAGCAUUUGGGUGAGAAUUGAAGUUGAACAACUGAUUUCGAUGUGCCUUAUUUGGAAUGGAUAAAAGGCGGUAUUUUGAAAAGGCGAGAGCUUGAUAGAAUAGUGGUGUGGUUCUGAAAAUGCUUAAGCCUUGAACUAUAAUUUGGGUGUACAAGUUUGUUGCUGAGAAAAAUUGGAUAUUAGAUGAGCUUUUUGAAGUUUAAGACGGCGUAUUAGAUUUUAAGUAGCUGUGAAUGAUUACGAUAGUGAUGAUACUUUCUGAUUAAUUGAAAUUUAGCUUCUUGUAGAUCGAAAUGAGAUGAGUGACUUGUAAUUGUUAACAUUGAACUGCGUGGUGUUCAAGAGCGGUUAAACCGUUAAACCAUUAGAGGACGAAUUGGUGUAGCAUCUUAUUGUUAAGUAAUUCGAAUCUGUUGCAAUUGUUUCA